ACGGUAUGAACUGAAUCGUCAUACAACACACUUCGAAUUUCACAACGGGCUGCACAGCAUUCAUUCUAUUGCGUUCGAAAAAGCUAUUUUUCCACAGAAAAAAUCGUGGAAGACUCUCUUCAGUUUUACCGCUAAAAUUUAUUUACGCACAUGCAAAUUAAUUUGUUGAAUUGAAAACAAAAUUGGUAAAGUGUGAGUGGUACGAAUAUUUCGAACGAAUAUUUCAUACGACGACAUUUUGCUAUUGAUUCGUCAGUGCCAUUUGAUUUUUUUCUGAAUUUAUUGCUGGAUAUAAUUCCGUACUUCUGCGUUAGCGUGUAGGACAAUACAUAACCACAAAAUCGUCAAGAUGACCGAUGAAGGACCAUCGUCGUCCAAACAAAACAGGUACACGCUCAGAAGCAGUACCAGAAAUGAACUUGUCGUUGCAGAACACAAAGAGAGUACGGAUGGAAAACGGAAGCGCAAGGGUCCACUUCGAUUGAUGGAUCUAAAUGACGAUUGUUUGCUGGCAAUCAUCGGAAAUAUGAAUGUGAUCGAACUGUGCGAUAUCGCUGAAACCUGCAAGCGUACACAGGCAUUGGCACAGUACCACUUCCAUUUGAAGCACCAUCGACUUGACUUGGUGUCAUUAGCCAGACGCAACCCGAAGUUGGCAUUGCGGUUACUUCGUAACUUUGGUGGUGUAGCUUCAUCAUUAAACAUGGCACGCGAUUUAUUUCCACACAACGAGAAAACUGCUUCACGUAAAUUAUUGUCGCUGAUUGCAAAGUAUUGUCGUUCGAAUACAUUGACCGAGCUCUCACUCAGUCGAUUCAUCAUAACACCCGCUUCGAUGACAGAGUUGACGGACUUAUUUGAAUCAUUGGAAAUAUUCAAUCUUGAAACAGCCACUAUUGGUCAAUGCGACUGGAGUCCAUUCAAAGACAAUUUGAAAGUAUUGAAACUGGCCCUUAACGAUUUCAAUUGUUUACCAUACCCUGUUCGUGUCUAUAAGCCACUGACAACAUUCAUCAAUACAGCCAAACAUUUGAAAGUCUUAUCGAUUUUUCUUCGCGAGCGAUCAGUACCAUCUGCAUCUCGUGUUUAUGAAGCAAUCGGUGAAUUGAAAGACUUGGAAGAGCUUGAAUUAAAUGGAUGGCAGUGUAGUGGUCGUGAAAAAAUGUUUCAACUCAAUUGCUCGUCUUUAUUUGCGCUGAACAAUUUAAAAGUGUUGAAAAUAAAUGCCCGUAGAUAUCCUGUUUACCGCUUACUUAGAGGACUUGCAGAAAAUAAUAUUGCCAUUGAGCAUUUGUCACUCAACUAUGGUACAUUUGAUCACGGUGUAAUUGUAGCCACAGCUAUUUCUAAGUUGGAAUCGAUCAAGGUACUGGAACUGCUCAACAUGGAAUGGGUGAAUGAUGCACAUUUAUUGGUCAUAUCGAAAGGCUUGAAAUUGCUCACCGAAUUGGUUGUCACCGGUUGGUAUCCAGUAAAUGUCAUACAACAUGGGAUCGUGGAAAUGCUUCGUGAAACUGAUCGAUUGUCGUGCUUGAAAAUCAUUGCAAGAAGUUUUAAAUUCAACAUCGACACGUAUAACGAGAUGCUCGCAAUAAUAAAAACUCGGCCUGAACACAUCAAAUUGCAGCUAACGUUUGGCAGUUGGGCUAAGGUGCCAUUCGACUCAGAGGGAACUCUACGAUCAAAUGAAAAAUGGCUGAGCGUGAAGGAAGUCAAGCCAUUCUCCAACAUCCAGUGAAUAUUUGUGAUAAAUACUCUGAUCCAUCAGCAUAAUAUCAAUUAUAUUGACAAAAGGUCAAUCAAUUUAUUCCGAAAAUUUUAUUUGAACACUUAAAUGUCUCAACUGAAAAUCAAAAUAAUCAUUGGUAUUCACUGAAUUAGUAUUAUAAACUCUGUAAUUAACAUUUAUUUCAAAAUAAAACACCUAAUUUUGACAUUAUUUCUAAUAUUCGAUUCAAUCAUUCUGUGAAUAAAGAUGCAGCAUCGAAAGAUCCUUAACAAA